AUGGGUCACAAUAAUCAUAGCGAAAGCGAAAGUCGUAGUCGGAGCCGCAGCCGGAGUCGAAGCAGUGAAAGCAGUAGAAGAAGGAAUCGCAGUCAUAGUCGUGAAUAUGAUCGAAGAAGUCACGAUCGUGAUCGGCGAAGUUGUGAAUAUAGAAGCUGCAGUCGCGAUGGUGAUCGUAAAAGUCGUAGUCAUGAUCGAGAUCGAAGAAGUUGUAGCAAGCAUGGCGAUAACAGAAGCUUUCAUGAAAGGCGUUACGAGAGGCAUCGAAGUCGCAGUUCUUCGAAUGAUCGUGAUCCGGAUGCGAUUAAGAUGUGCUGGAAGGUGAUCAAAGAAGAUUAUGGGAAUUUUGAUGCUUGGACUCAGUUAUUGUCGUACGUAGAACAACUGGAUAAGACGAAAACAGCACGCGAGGCUUAUGAUGAAUUUUUAAAGCGCUAUCCCUACUGUUACGGGUAUUGGCGAAAAUAUGCAGAAUUCGAACGUCGACAUAAGCAUAUUGAUAGAUGUAUUGAGGUAUAUGAACGAGGAUUAGCUGCCAUACCAUUGAGCGUCGAUUUGUGGCUGCAUUAUUUAUCGUUUACGGUGGAAGUUAUUCACCAACAAACUCCAACAUCUAUCGAAAAAACUCGAGCAAUAUUCGACCGUGCUGUAGAAGUGUGUGGCUUGGAGUUUCGAUCUGAUAAACUGUGGGAAGAAUAUAUUGCAUGGGAAUUGAAAAACGGUGAAACCGUUCGCGCGGCUGUGCUUUUUGAUCGAAUUUUAUCCACUCCAACGCUUCAAUAUAAUUUGCAUUUUGAAAGGUUGGUUGUCCGAAAAUUUUUUAGUGGUUUUUCAGUGUACCAGACACUUGUUAGAAGUCAUGAGCCUGAUGUUCUUUUAUCUGAGGAAGAAUAUAACGAAAUUUUUAAAAAGGUCGAAGAUGAGCUUAAGGGCGUAGUUGUUGGAGAAUUAUAUUUAAUAGAAGAUGCGGACGAAGAAGUAUCAGAUAUCUCCAAAUUAAAUGGUGAAAAAGAACAAGUCACUUUAAAAACAAAACGGAAACGAAAGCAUUGCGAGGAAGCGCUUCGUGGAAUGCGAUUAGAAAUGAUCGAGCGUCGACGAAUGAUGUUUCUAAAAAAUGAACAAGAAGUUAGCCGUCGUUGGGCUUUCGAGGAUAAUAUCAAGCGACCGUAUUUCCAUGUGAAACCCUUAGAACAUGCUCAAAUAAAAAAUUGGAAUGCUUAUCUUGAUUUUGAAAUAGAACGAGGAGAUAAAGAACGAAUUUUGGUUUUAUUUGAACGUUGUAUGAUAGCUUGUGCUCUUUAUAGCGAAAUGUGGUUAAAGUAUGCGAGAUAUUUGGAAAGAAUUUUCGACGAGGAGGGUGCACGAAAUGCUUAUCGACGCUCAUCUCAGAUUCAUCUUCCACGGCAGCCGAUUGUGCAUUUGGCUUACAGUGCAUUUGAAGAGAAAAAUGGUAAUGAUAAUACAAUUGUGAUAUUCGAUGCGAAAAAUGUGGCUUGCAAUGCUGUCGAAAUAUGGCUGCUUGAUCUUUAA